AUGGUGGGGACUAGCACGGGUUUUGGCGUUAUGAUUUCUCAACCGACGCUUUCCCGCAUCACCGAACAAUCCUCAAGACUCAACGCUAUCAUCGAGCAGUCAACAGCCACAACCACUAUCUCCACCCCUGAAGAGGAAGAAUUAGAAGUUGCAGCCUCACAGUCCGAUAAUCACAACAGCAACCACCGUCACCACCGCAUCAGUGGUGAAACCUCACUUUUCCUGUCUCCACGGCCACCUGCCACCACUCCUUUACCACUACUACAACCUCCUCCUCCUUCCGACACUCCAGCGACUCCCUCAUAUCUGUCGCUUGAGCAGGUUCUCAAAAUUAACCCAUCUCCAAAGACACCGCCAAUGUCAAAGUCCAAAAUGCCUAGUGCCACUUCUACAACUGGUCGCUUCUCCACCCGCAGCAAGACGGGCCCCAUUACACCCAUGAAGGGAGGGUUCGAUGUUCCGGAGGGGAAAGGCGGCUUUGGGUUCACAAGUGGGCUCACAAUGACUGGAAAGAAGAUAAUGGAUGGAUUUUCGGGAAUGAACCCCAGCACUCCGGAUGCUCCUGCUCCCCCCACGCCAAUGAUUCUUGAGACCCCGCCGAUAGCAGAGAGCAGCGAGGCGGAUGAACAGGGCAGGGGAUCCUCGGUGGAGGCGGGGAGGCCGAAGCGCAAGAAGCGAUUCAGCGAAAUCCACCGUGAGCAGUUUGCAAAGAUGGACAGCAUUGCGUCACACUACGCCGCUAAACGUACCCCCACCACAACCCCCAAUGCUCCGAAAAUUAUCGCCCCAGAAGUCACCCCCAAGAACGCAUUGAUCCAAACCCCCGAUAUGGGGCUCAAGAACCUUAAGCGCGCUAAGUGCCAAUCGGUGCUCGGCGAGCGGGAACCCCCCUCUUCCCCGUCGCCUCAGAAGCGCAGGCCUGACGAAGUCAACCCAUCCGGUCGCGCGGAGGAUCGCAGCCCGGUAAAGCGACAGCGUCUCAAUGCUGCCGCCCCGACACUCUCGUCCAAGCCAACCAAGAUCGCCCGCUUCGCCGGCAUAAGCGGCGCCUCCAGCACUCCGAUGAAGCGUGCCAUGUUUACACCAGGCGGCCAAUCAAGUGCGCUUAACCCUCAGAAAUACACUCUCCCUAGGCCAGUCCCAUCGCUCAAUCUCACACCCUCAACCACGUUUGCGACACCCGGCCGACUCCGAAGCACUAGCACCCGCAAGCCCCCCGGAACAACUAGCAGACUCAACACGAUGAUCAACUUUGCCGAGGCUUCUGCCGCAACACCAAUGAAGACACCCAGUGGUGCCUCCGGUUUCACAUUCCGCGCCGGCCGUGGGCCGUCGGGUCUCGGUUUUAACACUCUCACUGAGAUGCAUGACAGGAAGGCCGCUGCGGCCGCGGGGAUGUUGAUGUUUGGGAGCAGGAUGGGAACUCCGAAGGUCACCGAAAACGAUCCUGUGGGCGUUGAGGAUCCGUUUGCCACGAGCCCAAUGCAGUGGGAUGCGACAACUCCCGUCAAUAACAAGCGGAAGAUGGAGAGCGACCAGAGCUCGGACGAAGAGAUGCUUGGUCAAACUGUACAAAAAAAGAGGCCAAGGGGCGGCGAGGAGGAAGAAAGAAAGAAAAGGUUGGACUUCCUGGCGACCCCCAGGAAGAGAAUUGCGGGUGAUGGAGAUAGAUUAGGGAGGCGAGGCCUGGGGGGCAGAGGGUAA